UCAAGGGGGCACUCUUAGAUGACGUCAUCGGGAAGCGCCGUGCCGGUCCGGGCCAGAGCCGACAAAAAAUGUCGGUGUUCCACGAUGAAGUGGAGCUCGAGGACUUCGAGUACGACGAGGACACGUGCGCGUAUUACUUCCCGUGUCCGUGCGGAGACCGUUUCGUCAUCACGGAGGAGGAUCUGGAGAACGGAGAGGAGGUGGCCACGUGUCCCAGCUGCUCGCUCAUCGUUAAAGUCAUCUAUGAUAAGGAGGUCUUCAUGUCUGGAGAAACCAUCCAGGCGCCGCUGGAGUCCAAACUGGAGCGGGCCCAGUCCUGAGGUGGGCCGAGCUCUUAACCAGCGCUGACAGACACACCUGAAGGUCAGGAGCAGUCUGAGGAACGUCUCCACUGAACCAGCAGCAGGGUUCUGCAAUGGGGAGCAUUGGGUCUGACCCUGAAGAUGGCGUAUGAUGCCACGCACCUGAACAGGAAGUGGAGAAAGUGUGUGGAGAAAGGUGGAGAGUCAUGUGACCUCUCACCUUUGAACUGAUGAGGAGUCAGGGUUCAGAUCUGCAGGAUCUGCUGUAGUCCUCUGAACAAAUGAAACUGUAUGAGUCUGAAAAUGAAACAGAAAUAAAAUAAAGAGUUUAAAGUCC